AGGAGGCGCGAGGGGGCGGGGCGGCGCCCGCCGCCGCCGCCGCCGCCGCCAUGUGCCGACACCAAGCGGCGCAUGCGCCCCACCCCGCGGGCCUCCGAAUGCAGCUGCCGCUCGUCCGGCUGCCCUGGCUGGCAGUGGCGCUCUCGACUGCUUCGGCGGCGGCCAGGGCCCCCACAACGAAGGAGCCGCACGACCGGAGGCUGGAGGGCUCGCUCGUCCAGACGUGGAGGUCGCGGCUCGAUGGCGAGGCCCUCGACGAGGGCGCCGGGGCCGCCGCGGCCACGCCAGUGACGAAGGUGGUGAACUUGCUCAAGGACAUGAGUGUCACCCUAAGGCGCGAAAUGGAGGAGGACGCGGCUAUGUUCAAGCAGCUGGGGUGCUGGUGCGGCUCCAACCUGCAGAGCAAGAGGGAGGCCGUCGACGCAGCCCAGGCGGCACUCUCCAGCCUCAACGCGACCAUCGAGUCCUCUGCCGCGAAGGCCUCCGAGCUGGAGCAGAGCAUUGCCCAGCUUGGGGAGGAGAUGGCCGCCAGCAAGAAGACGCUUGCAGAGGCCGCCGCCAUGCGACAGAAGGAGUCGGCGCAGUUCCACAGCAUGGAGGUCGACGCCAUUCAGAACAUAGAGGCCCUGAAGGCAGCCAUCGUCGUGCUCGGCAAGCACCACGGCGAGGGUCCCACGCAGCUGCAGCUGCCGUCGCUGCUGGCGGUGAAGCAGAAGGCCACGGAUCGCACGUGGGCUCUCUCUCUGGAGGACGGCUGGGACCAGGGCGAGACCCUGGUCAUCCAGCGUGCGCUGAAGGCCGCCGCUUCGUUCGCCCAGGCGAGGCACUCCGAGGAGGAGCUCGCGUCCUACGCGCCGCGGAGUGGGGAGAUCCUGGGCCUGCUGAAGCAGCUCAAGGACGAGAUGUCCACCUCCUUGAACGAGAGCCAGGCUGAGGAGAUGACCAGGCUGAAUACCUUCGAGGAUCUGCGUGCUUCCAAGCAGUCCGAGAUUGAGGCCCUGUAUCAGCAGGUACAGCAGAAGCAGGACCGGCUGGCCCAGGCGACCAACGACCACGCGGAGGCCAAGGAGGACUACCACCAGACAGAGGAGGCGCUGGACGAGGACACGCGCUUCCUUCUAAACCUGGAGGCCACUUGUAAGGACGGGGAGAAGAGCUUCGAGGCCAGGAAGACGGCCCGUAUGAAGGAGAUCGAGGCGGUCUCCGACACCAUCGCCAUCCUCACCUCGGACGAGUCGCAGGAGGCGAUGGCGCACACGUUCGGCUCCGGCGCCUCCUUCGUCCAGGUGGGCGCGCGGCGGGGCCGCGACCUUCGCGGGCUCCGGCGCGCCGCCGCGGGCGUCCUCCGCAGCGCACGCGCCGCAGGCGGGAGCCCGGACCUGUCCAUACUGGCCACGAGUGUCGAGCUGGACUCGUUCACGAGGGUGAAGAAGGCGAUUGACGACAUGAUCUCCAUCCUGAAGGUCCAGCAGACCGACGAGGUCAAGAAAAACGAUUGGUGCACCAGCCAGAUACAUGAGAACGAGAUGGAGGCGUCGAGAACCGACGCCUUGCAGUCUGACCUGUCCUCCAAGGCCGACGAUCUCGGCCAACGUGUUGCCCAGCUGGCGGAAGAUGUCGCUGCCGCGAAGAAACACAUCCAGCAGCUGCAUAUCGACCUUCAGGCGGCCAGCGAGAACAGAAGGAAGGAAAACAUAGACUUCCAGCACACCAUCGCCGACCAGAGGGCGGUCCAGGCGGUGCUCAGGGAGGCCCUGGACCGGCUGAAGAAAUUUUACGACAAGUCGCUCCUCCAGACGAGGACCAGGGCUGUGGACAAGCACGCGGCCGCGGGCAUGGGCUCGUCCUCGCUCGGGGCGGCGCUGCUGACCGCGCUGGCUGCGAGGCGACAGGAGCCGCCGCCGCCGCCCCAGCAGGCGGAGUACACGCCGCACGGCGGGUCGGGCGGCGUCAUGGAGAUGCUCGGGAAGCUCGUGCAGGACGCGAGGGCGCUGGAGGAGGACGCGGCCGCGGGGGAGCAGGGAGCACAGUCCCAGUACGAGGCCAUCGUGGCGGACACCUCUGCUUCCGUGGCGGCCCUGCAGAAGGAAGUGGUGUCGAAUACCCAGCUGAAGGCGCAGGCCUCCAAGGAGAAGGCCGAGACGGAGGCCGACGCCGAGGACGCCGCCAAGGAGCUGGAGGAGCUGCAGAAGACGGGCUUGAACCUCCACGGCGAGUGCGACUACCUGCUGAGGAACUUCGACGCGCGGCAGACGGCACGGCAGCAGGAGGUCGAGGCGCUGCAGCAGGCCAAGCAGAUCCUGAGCGGCGCUGGCCGCGGCUGGCAAGGGCUCCUUCAAGCGGGGCGCCGUCGGCCAGGGCGCCUGGCUUUUGCGCCCUGCUCUUGCCAGGCGGUGUGCUGGCGUCGCACGUCCUCGACUCGCCCGAGGCGGCCAUCGAGCAGGGCCGCAAGGCCGCCGCCAGCAGGGCCGAGAGGGCCGCCCCUCCCGCGAGGGCGCGGGACGGCCCCUGAAAUUGUUCGUUUGCAUGGAUAAGGGUGCCUGGCCUCGGGUGGGCACGCGGAGAAAUAGAGAAUGCCUUCGCCGCAAGCGUCGGACGGCAGCCGGGAGCGCGGCCCGCCGCAACCGCGCCACGGCUCUCGCAGACCUCGGCCCCGGCCUCCGGCGACUGCUCCGCGACUGCUCCCUGCGCCUCCCUCCCGCGCCUCCCUGGUCCGGCCCCUCCCGGGCCUCUCCUGCUGCUGCUCCUGCCUUUGUCCCACCUCAUCGCUCUCCUCUGCCUUC